GCAAACGUAUGGAAAUAAAACCAAAAUAUGUUGCGCUCCAAUCGGGUAAUACAAGGGGAGCAAACUCAAUUGCUUGCCAUAGAACAAAAACUGGUGCAGUUACUUCCUAAGAUGCAAGAAGCAUUAAAUUCACUGAAGGUGGAAGAGUUGCACUUAAAAUCACAGUCAGUACAACCAACAGCAACACAAGGACUCCCAUCUGACUUAAAUGUUAACGUUAACAGAGCUGGUAUGCCAAACGAUCAAAUUAAUAGUCAGCAAAUCAACUUGGGAUUGAGUCGUGUAAACGAAUGGGGACAGUUUAUGGAAGAAGACGAAUCAGAUUGAUUCACGUUAUGGGAAAUUAUUUAAAAUUAGUUUAUUAAAAGAUUGACAGUAUGAUUUACAACUAAAUUGUAAUUGAAUUAUAUUAAAUAAAAAGUAUGCCAAUUAUAGAUAUUUUGGAUAUAAACUUAAAUUAAA